AUGAUGGCUAAAACGAAGAGUCGUUCAAAGCGUAUGGAGCAAGCAAGGCAGAAACGGCUCACUGAGGAGCAAGGUUUUACCACAACCGCCGACACAAGGCUUAGCGGAGCCAACGGAGUUCCCCUCACAGGGAAUGGUGCUGUGCAUCGACGGAGAACGUCAGGAAGUGUUGCGGAGGUGGCCGCUGCGAUCAGUCCUCGAGCAAACGGUAUUCGACCACUUCCGCACGAGGUUCCCCAUGAGGUGGACAUCGAAGCACAGGUAGAAGCACCACAAUCGAAGCACUCUUCACUCAGUUCAACGAGCCUCCGACGCUCCAGUGUAUCGUCUGCUCCCGACCGACCAGGGUCGUCUAGCAAGAGCUCAAGAACGACUCCUCCACAGCGGGCCGAGUCUGUAGAUUACGGAAGGAGUUCGCAGAUGUCACGGUCGUCGACCAUCAAUCCUGGUUCUGAACCGCGUGAUCGCGAAAAUCGGCCGGUUACCUCAAGUGCUAUUGCCAUGACCGUCACUCCGUUAAGACCCAAUCCUAUCGGGAAAUUCGUUCGAUCGCCGCUAGCACGGACUCUAACACCUCCGGACGAUAUCAGUAUGGACAGUGAAGAAGACAAUAGAUCCGUAGGACCAUCGGUAGGACUGCCGAGUAGAAAUAACAAAGUGGCACCUGAGUAG